AUGGUAUUGAAAUUACGUGAACUUCUAAUCAAACAAGCUGCUAUUCAUCUACAUAAUUUUUCGUCCGAAUCUUGUCAAUGUCUUACAGCAACACAACGUGAACGUAUACUUCGAUGGCUUGCUUCACAUGACUGCCUUUCAUUAAAUCUAAUUCCAUCUAUAAGACAAAAUCUUCUUUCAAUUCCAUUAUAUUCUCUUGAGUUUUAUAAAUGUAAUCAAUUAACAAAUGAUAUGCUAAUUGAAUUUGCUGAAGCAAGUCAUUUUAGUCGAUUAAAAUCACUUAUUAUCCAUCAAUGUACUCAAGUAAAAGAUUCGGGUAUACUUGCUAUAACAAAAGGACAAUUAUCACUUGAAUAUGUCGCAUUAAGAAAAUUAACUAAUCUUACUAGUGCAGGUCUUGAUGGUAUACAUUCUGCAUUUUUAAAAGAAAUUGAUUUUCGAUGGAAUGAUAAAAUUCAAGAUAAUGGAAUAUUAACGAUUGUUUCAAAUAAUCUUAAUUUACGUACUAUUCGUCUUGUCAAUUGUCAUUCUUUAACAGGUCAAUGUGUUGUUUAUAUUGCACAAAAUACAGCUGAAAAACUAGAAAUAUUAGACAUUGAAGGUUUAAAAUGUUUAGAUAACGAAGUAUUUGUACAUCUCGUUGAUUAUUGUCCAAAUAUUCGAAGUUUAAAUCUAUUUGGCAUUAUUAAUUUAGAUGCUGAUGGUUUAUUUACAUUAUUUGUACGAUCAACACGUAUGGUAGUAUUAAAUUUAUCAUAUACAACUUGUUUUUUACAAGAACCUGUAUCUGAUUAUAUUUGUUGUUUACCAUUAUCACUUGUUGAUUUAUGUUUAUCCGGUACACAAGUUUAUAAUACAAAUAUUUUAAUACGAGCUUUAACACGGCUUGUAAAUUUACAACAUCUUCGAUUAAAUGGUCUAGCAACUAUAACUGAUGAUGCUCUAGAUAAAAUACUUUCUGUUAUUGGAUCUCGACUUAAAACACUUGAAAUGAAUGGUUAUAUAACUGUUGGAAUAUUAACUGAUCGUAGUGUUGAACAUAUUGUUCGCUAUUGUAGUUCAUUAGAACAAUUAUCGUUAAAUUUACUUAGUUUUACAUCAACACUUGAUUCUUUAUAUGACUUAUUUAGUUCAUCAAAACGUGCAUUACAAUUACAUACUAUAUCUUUAAGUUCAUUUCGAAAUAUUAAUGAACGCGUUUUAUGGUGUUUAGCUGAGAAUUGUUUAAAUAUUAAAUUAUUAGAACUUUCGGGUAUACCAUGUGUUAGUGAUGCACUUAUUUCAUCAUUAAAACAUUGUACGAAAUUAACACAUUUAAAUAUUAAAGGAUGCAAACAAAUAACUGAUAUAUCUAUCUGUGAUCUUCUUGGUGUAUGUCAAUUUAUUUCACUUGUUCUUUCUGGUUGUUAUCAAUUAACCGAUAAAUCUGUACUUGCUAUGGCUCAUACACAACCAUUUCUCGAAGAAAUUUAUAUAUCUGGUUGUAUAAGGAUAUCACCAGCAACUGUACGUUAUCUUCAAGAUAGUACUAUUCGACGUUUGUACAUUGAUCAUAAAAUACCCAAUGCAUUGCCUGAUGCACUUAUGGCACGGAAUCUUGACACGGGUUUAUUUGAACAGGUUAGAUAA